CAUCCUCCCGUCAGGUCUCCUUGUCCAGCCCCGCCCGCGCCUCCUGCUUCCUGCAAACCUUCUCCUUCUCUCCCCACACUCCACCCCCCGCCCCAUUCCCUCUAGCUCCAGGACCCUCCUCGCCGACCCCCACCCCCACUCCCGGGAUGAAGCGGAUCGAGCCAGCCUGGAGCCCCCCGCGGCCGGGGUGACGGUCCCCCGCCCCUCUCCCGCCUGGCCCCCGCCCCGAGCACCAUGGGCCUGAGGGGUUCCCGAGGCGCCGGACGCUGAAGAUGAGUGUUGCUGGAGCUCUCUUGAGUCAUGGCUUCUUCAAAGCUCCGAGAACCCGCGGAUGAAGUUUUCGACUUGGACUUGGCUGUGCCAGAGACCGUCAGACUGGACAGCAGUUUACACAAGGCCCGGGCCCAACUACUGGCCAAGGGCCGGAGACACCGGCCCUCUCGCUCAAGGCUUCGGGACAGUGCCAGCUCUGCAGAGGAUGGUGAAGGCUCCGAUGGGCCCGGAGGCAAGGUGAACGACGGCUGCGGGAGCCCCCUGCACCGGCUGCGCUCGCCGUUGCACUCGGGCCCGGGGUCCCCGGCCGGGGGCUCUUUCUGCCUGGAUCCCCCGGGGUUGCGGCGCAGCCUGGACGAGGACGAGGCGCCGCCCUCGCCGCUCACACGCUAUCGGCCCCUGCACAACGCCGCCUCGCACGAGGGCCUGGCCGCCGCCUCCGGCUCACCGCCGCGCUCCGCACCCUCCUCGGACAGCUCGCCUAGCUUCGUGCGCCGCCACCCGCGCGCAGAGCCGCACAGCGAAGAUGACAGCCGGGAUGCCAGCCCACCUGAGCCUGCCAGCCCCACCAUUGGCCUGGAUAAGAAGACUCGCCGAAAGUUCCUGGACCUGGGGGUCACCUUACGCCGAGCAUCCACUAGCAAGAGCCGGAAGGAGAAGGGCAGCAACCGCCUGUCCAUGGGCAGCAGGGAGUCGGUGGAGGCGUCCGGCAGGUCAGGGGGCUCCCCGUUUCUGCCCUUUUCCUGGUUCACAGACAGCGGCAAGGGCUCUGCGUCCUCCGGCAGCACCACCUCCCCCACUUGCUCCCCUAAACAUGAGGGAUUCAGCCCUAAGAAGUCAGCUUCCCAGGAAUCCACUCUGAGUGAUGACUCCACACCCCCCAGCAGCAGCCCCAAGAUCCCGAGUAGUUCCCGGCAGGAGGCCAAGUGUUCCUACCCCUACCACACGCUGUCCCAGUCUUCAGAUGAGUUCCUGGAUGAACCUCUCCCUGCUGUCCACCACUGGACCAGUCAGCAGGUGGGCCAGUGGCUGCACAGCCUCAAUCUGGAGCAGUAUGCUGCUGAGUUCGCCGCGCGGCAGGUGGACGGGCCACAGCUACUGCAGCUCGAUGGAAGCAAACUGAAGAGCCUGGGGCUCACCAACUCACAUGACCGGGCGCUAGUGAAGCGGAAGGUGAAGGAGCUGGCGGCGGCUGCUGAGAAGGAGCGCAAGGCGCAGGAGAAGGCCGCGCGGCAGCGAGAGAAGCUCCGGCGCAGGGAGCAGGAAGCCAAGAAGAGCUAGGGGCGGGCGGGGCAGGCACUGGCACCCGGGCACCCAGGCGCGGGUGGCCAUGGGCUCGGCCGGCACAGGCCUCAGGGGGAUGCGGGGCCUGGACGCCAAGCUUGGGCUGGCCUGGCCCCACGCUCUCAGGGGGUAGACGCCCUCUCACCCUGUCACUCUAUCUGGACCCAGAUCCCCAAGAAAGGGAGACCCCAGGGAGAGGGCCCAGUAAUAAAUCCAAUUUCAAGGACUCGUUUGGCAGAGUUCCUGGGAGAGGUGGCAGCUUAUGGGAAGAGGGCAGAGAGCGGAAGCUAGUCUGCAAACCCAGAGGCACCUGGGUCAGUCUGACCCUCUGCCCUCAGGCCCCGCUGGUGCUGGGGCCCACAGUGAGCUAGAAUGCCCGCCUGCCUUCCAGAGGCCCUGAGACGGGGCCAGGGUCCCAGGGCUCAGAGAGUAGCUGAGCACCUCGGCAGGAGGUGGACAGAGUUGUUCCUCUCCAGCUCUCCAAGGAGGCUGUGUGUUGGGAGAGCUCUGUUCUGCUCCCCAGGCAGGCUGGUGGGCACUGCAGCAACUUGCACUCAGGGUAGACUCCCAGUCUGCACUCAGCAGGAGGGCAGAGAGAGCAGCAGGUUAUCUCACGCAAUCCUUCAGAAGGGAGGGAGGCUGGAAACCUCCUCCUCCUUUCUCCUUCCCAUCCCGUGAGUCCUAAUGGUGAGAUGACAUCCAUACAGGCUUGCCCCUCCUGGGGCCCAUUCAAGGCCUGGCCGUUGACCCACUCUCCAGCCCAGGGCCCCCUUCUCCUCCUGCUGCUCCCUCAGAGGGCACCUGAGCCUUCUUGGGGAUAGAGCAAGCUUGGGAACUGGUACGGACAGAGGACAUCCCCUGCCAAUGCCUAGGUGGUACUGAACUGGUGACUCCCCACCCCUGCCAGGCAGAGAGGCAAAAUCUAGGAGGUCCCCUGGACGCUACUAGACUGGAACGGUUCAUCGGCCCUCCCCCAUCUGCCUUGGUUCCCGUUGGUGCCUCAGUGGGCUCUGGAACUGGCAGACAGUGCAGGCUCUGGUUUGCUGGGCCCCAAGGAGGGGUGGGGCCAGCCCCCUUGGUGGGGUGGAGCCCAUGGAGAGACGGCAUCUAUCACUGUAGGCAGGGAGUGUUCGGGUAUGGCACUGGCCAGCAGCUAGUCCAGCUUUGGGAGCAUUGGCCAGAGGUACCGAUGGGGCCAGGGCGUCUCUGCUUAGAAGCACCACACACCCCCAUCUGCCUGGAGUGGUGGACAGGACCCUAGGCACGCUGAUUUCCCUCAUUCCUGCCCAGCACUGGGGCUUGAGGGCCACCCUGGUAUAGCCAAGGCCCUGUCUCCCUGGGAUUCAACCUUUUACUUCUCUUGCUAUAUAGGCUGGGAGAGGGGCUUCAGAGGGAAACAGGUAUGGGGGCACUGGCAGCAUCUGGCCCUGGUGGGGGUACCGAUGGGGAGGCUGGAUGGCACCCAGGUCCUUGAAGCUAUCAGGGGCUAUAUGGGUGCCCACCUGCAUGUGAAGGGGGGAGGCGGUAC